AUGAAGUACUCCGCUGCCACUCUCUUCGCUGGCGCCGCCAUUGCCGGUGCCGCCGUCCUCCCUCCCAGCACCGUGUGCGGCGAGAACGUCAACAUCGCCGGCUACACCUUUGAGUUUGAUAACACCGGGGCCAAUUCUUUCAGCUUCAAUGUGACUGGUGUUGACGGCAUCCCGGUUACAUGCUCAACCGGCAAAGUCGAACCUGGUCUCACGAUUCCUAGCAAGGUCUUCGGUUGUGGGGACAGCAAGUACGCCUUCAGCGUCGGAACCGACGGUUCCAACGGUGUCGACCUAUCAAACCCCCAGUACGACAUUACUCUCUACAAGGAGACUGGACCUGGUGUUGGUCUAUGGGCCGAGACCCAUAUCCCGAGUGCCUGCGCACGCAGUGAGGAGACCAGCCCCCUUGCCUGCUCGCAGGUUUCGACCGUUUACGGCUUCCUCCUCAACUGCACAUAG